AUGCCACACCACCAUCUCGUCAAUGGCGUCUCGCCCGCUGCGAAUGGCGGGGUCAAAGAGCCGCCAGCCGCAGCCGCGUCCCUCUCGUUGCGCCAGGUCUGCCUCGAGCUGCAGGCCAAGGUCGACGCCUUCCUGGCCCAGGAGGUUGAGAGCGGCCUGCUCAAGGGCGUGCAGUCCCAUGCCCGCGAGGCGAUAUCCGUCAUCGACGAGGCCCUCGAGAGAUAUAGCAUCGAGGAGCUCUCCCUCUCCUACAACGGCGGCAAGGACUGCCUCGUGCUCCUCGUCCUGAUCCUCGCCUGCCUCCCGCGGCACUUCGAGCCGCCAGACUUCGAGCCCUUCGCACCACACCCCCUACCCAACGCCACCACCAACGGCCUGACCUCCCAGAUCCCGACCAACACCCCGGCGGCGCCGACCCCCGUGCGCAGCCCCUCGCCGCGGCCCUUCCCCUCCUCCCUGCAGUCCGUCUACAUCGUGGCGCCCGACCCGUUCGCCGAGGUCGACGCCUUCGUCGAGCGCUCCGCCGCGGCCUACCACCUCGACCUGUGCCGCUACGCCCUGCCCAUGCGCGCCGCCCUCGACGCCUACCUGCGCGACCGCCCCCGCCUCAGGGCCGUCUUCGUCGGCACCCGCAGGACGGACCCCCACGGCGCCUCCCUGACGCACUUCGACCCCACCGACGGCGACUGGCCCGCCUUUGUGCGUGUGCACCCGGUCAUCGACUGGCACUACGCCGAGAUCUGGGCGUUCCUCCGCCACCUGGACAUCCCCUACAUAUCUCUCUACGACCAAGGAUACACAUCGCUAGGCGGCACAAAAGACACACAUCCCAACCCCCUCCUCAAGAAACAGUCCGAAGGCGAGGGAGAGAGCGAAGGAUUCAGACCAGCUUACGAGCUUGUGGACGACGACGAGGAGAGAUUGGGCCGCGACCGGUAG